AUGACUUGUAAUGUGAUUUUUAAAGACGCCAUCACGUUUGCUAAAAACUACUCGUUCGACGUGUUCGUUGCGGUGGGCGGCGGCUCCGUGAUUGACACCUGCAAAGCAGCCAACCUGUACGCAUGUCACCCUGACGCCGACUUCCUGGACUUCGUCAACGCUCCAAUCGGGAAAGGGAAGCCGAUCACCGGAGCGCUGAAGCCGCUCAUCGCAGUUCCUACGACUGCAGGCACCGGCAGCGAGACCACCGGAGUCGCCAUCUUUGACUAUGAGCCUCUGAAAGCCAAAACGGGUAUCGCCAGCAGAGCCAUCAGACCAACUCUGGGCAUCGUGGACCCGACGCACACACUGAGCAUGCCCGAGAGAGUCGCCGCCAACAGCGGCUUCGACGUCCUCUGUCAUGCUCUGGAGUCAUACACCGCUCUGCCCUACAACCAGCGGAGCCCCUGCCCCCCCAACCCCAUCAACCGGCCCGCCUACCAGGGCAGCAACCCCAUCAGUGACGUCUGGUCCCUCCACGCCCUCAAUGUGGUCGCCAAAUACAUGAAACGAGCGGUGCGGGACCCCGAGGAUCUGGAGGCUCGGUCCAGCAUGCACCUGGCCAGCGUGUUUGCCGGCAUCGGCUUCGGAAACGCCGGAGUUCAUCUGUGCCAUGGGAUGUCGUAUCCGAUCGCUGGUAACGUGAAGACUCAUUCAGCGAAGGGUUACAGUGUGGAUCACGCUCUGGUGCCUCACGGCCUCUCAGUGGUCCUCACGUCUCCGGCCGUCUUCAACUUCACAGCCCCGAUGUGUCCGGAGCGUCACCUAGAGGCUGCAGAGAUCCUCG